GCACAGUCCCUGGGCGACUGGCGCGGGUCCAGGCGACUGGCAGUCCGCUCCGGGGGAGGGCGCCGUCUGGGGACGCCCCUGGCGGGCUGCUCGGCGCUUUCCUCCUCGCCCGGGACCCGCCCCUCGCUGGGGAGCUGCGCGGUUGCUCUGGGUCUCCCUGUGCAGCCGCAGGUGCCUGAGCCCAGCACGCAGCCCUAACAGGCUGCUCCCGCAGCCGCGUCCUGCUAGGCAGGUGUCUUCUGUCCCCAUUGCUCUUGGCCUGCGGAGUGCGGUCAGCCCCAGCUCCUCGAAUGGAAGCAUCAUUCUGAGAUACCCCUAACUUUCCAGGACCUAUACUGGACCAAGAUGAGUGUUUCUUCCAGCAUACUGUAACUAGAGUGUCCAAGUCAGUGCAGACUUUACCAUGGGAGCCAACACGUCUAGCAAAGCACCAGUGUUUGAUGAAAAUGAAGACGUCAACUUUGAUCACUUUGAAAUUUUGCGAGCCAUUGGGAAGGGCAGUUUUGGGAAGGUCUGCAUCGUGCAGAAGAAUGACACCAAGAAGAUGUAUGCCAUGAAGUACAUGAAUAAACAGAAGUGUGUGGAGCGCAAUGAAGUGAGGAAUGUCUUCAAGGAACUCCAGAUCAUGAAGGGCCUGGAACAUCCUUUUCUGGUGAAUCUGUGGUAUUCCUUCCAAGAUGAGGAAGACAUGUUCAUGGUGGUAGACCUGCUACUUGGUGGGGACCUGCGUUAUCACCUGCAGCAGAAUGUCCACUUUCAGGAAGACACAGUGAAGCUCUUCAUCUGUGAGCUGGCCAUGGCCCUGGACUACCUGCAGAGCCAGCGCAUCAUUCACAGGGAUAUGAAACCUGACAAUAUUUUACUGGAUGAACAUGGGCAUGUGCACAUCACAGACUUCAACAUUGCUGCUCUGCUGCCCAAGGAGACUCGGAUCACCACUGUGGCUGGCACCAAGCCUUACAUGGCACCUGAGAUGUUCAGCUCCAGGAAGGAAACAGGGUACUCCUUCGCUGUCGACUGGUGGUCCCUGGGGGUGACAGCUUACGAACUGUUGAGAGGCCGGAGACCAUAUCAUAUCCGCUCCAGUACUUCCAGCAAGGAAAUUGUGAACAUGUUUGAGACGGCAAUUGUAACGUACCCUUCUGCUUGGUCACAAGAGAUGGUAUCCCUUCUUAAAAAGCUACUUGAACCUAAUCCAGACCAACGAUUCUCUCACUUGACUGACAUUCAGAAUUUCCCUUACAUGAGUGACAUGAACUGGGAUGCAGUGCUGCAGAAGAGGCUCAUCCCCGGCUUCGUCCCCACUAAAGGCAGGCUCAACUGUGACCCCACUUUUGAACUGGAAGAAAUGAUUUUGGAGUCCAAACCUCUUCACAAGAAAAAGAAGCGCCUGGCAAAAAAGGAGAAGGAGAUGAGAAAAUGUGACUCCUCUCAGACAUGUCUUCUUCAAGAGCACCUUGAUGCUGUGCAGAAGGAAUUUAUAAUUUUCAACAGAGAAAAAGUAAAAAGAGACUUUAAUCAAAGACAAGCAAACCUAGCCUUGGAACAAACCAAAAACAAUGCAGAAGAGGAGGAUGGCCAGAAUAACAACCUACACUCAUUGGACUGUUUGAGAUCAACUUGCUGAAGAAAACAAAACAAAACAAAACACAUUGUGGAUUUACUUGAGGGUUUUCCCUCCAAGUUCAGGCUUUUGGAAAUAAGUAGACUGUGUUUACAGAACAGCACAGUAACAAGGGUUGGCUGAAGACAGAAACAGACAAAAGUACAGUAAAACAAAACCUUUUAAAGAUCUGUCUUAGAGUCAGCUAGACUUAUCCCCCAAUAUUUGGUUGUUUUUU